AUCCAACAAUUUUAGAAGUUGUUGCAACAAUUACUAAAAUUUGUUGCAACAACUAUUGAUAUUUGCCGCAACAACUUCGGAAUUUGUUGCAGCAACUAUUGAUAUUUGCUGCAACAACUACGAAAUUUAUUGCAGCAACUCAGUAUUUUUGUAGUUGUUGCAACAAUUAUUGAACUUGUUGCAGCAACUAUGGAAAUUUGUUGCAACAAUUUACCGAAGUUGUUGAAUUUUCUGUAGAAGGUGAAGUGGAAAGUGAGGUGAAGAAGGUGGACGAGAAGACAGAGCAGAGGGAAAGGAGAUAAACAAAAGUGGUGGCGGAGAAGAAGCCGAAGAUAAUGAUAGUGGAGGAGGGAGAAGAGGAGGAGGUGGUGGUGGCAGCGGCAGCGAUGGACUAGGUGGCAGUGGUGGUAGAGGAGGUGGUGGCAGUGAUAGCGGAGACAGAGGAGGGAGGGGGUGGGGUAAGGGGGAGAGGGGAGGUAGUGACAUUGUGUAAAUAAUAAAAUUUGGGGGCUUUUAAAAUAUGUGUCAUUAACACUAAUCUCAAAAGAGUCACCCCUACCUAAUAAAAAAAAGUAUAAAAUAGAAGUUAGAGUGUGAAAUAGAUAAAGUUGAGGCGUGUAAAUAGAAUUUGGUAAUAACUUUAAGAAGCCUGCCCGCUUGUAUAUGUAAAUAUUUGGGCAAACCAUCAAAGCCCUAAUUUCGGAAGUAGAAUUGAAGGACUCCCAGUUUGGGUUACUCUCUAAGUAAGAAUUUUAGUUGUAUAAUUCAUCAUCCUUUUUGCAGUUUUCCACUUUUUAAAAGGAGGAUGUCGGAGGAUACAUAUUUCAGAAAGAGGAGGAAGAGUUUUGAGAGCUUGUGAAAAGAAGACUAAACCAAACAAUCAUUCUUCUUCUGGUGGUGGUGGUAUCUCUCAACAACUCCAAAAUUUGCUCUCUCAAAUUUGAUAUUCAAUCAAUGGUUUCUCAUCUUGAGUCUGCUGAUAGCGAUAUGCAGUUGUGGUUGAUCAAGAAACUCAGAGAAUUCUUCUCAGGUAUGACUAAGACUGCGCAGGCUGAUUUUGUUUAACUUGCAUAUCACUUACUUGCAAAUUUUUAUUCACAGUUUCAUUUCUAAAAUAGAUAAUCUAGAAUCUGCUGACGUUUAUCUUCUACUUAAAAAUAUUAAACAGACAAAUGAGACAUCGGGUUCAAAAGAUCUCAAAGGUAGAGAGUGAUGUGUUGAUUACUUCUCUACUGUCUUGUGGUCGUAGCUUUCACACUUGCUUUAUCCUUAUGGUUUUGCGUUCAUAGUCUGAAGCUGAUAUGACGUUCAUACACAUUAUAUCUGACUACUUAUCACGCUACAAGCUGCAACCUGUUUUCGUGAUUAAGCAUGAGGUGCUGCAAGUUCUUUUAGACCUUCUGGAAACAGAUAGUGUUUGUGAGAAGGUUGUGGAGGAACUGGGAUAGGUUGCUGUAAAUGGUUUAAGCCAUGAUAAUGCUCUUCGGCAUGGGGCUUUGGAUACUUUGCUGAAUAAGUUGGAAACUGCCUGUUCUAAUGCAGAGAAAACUCACAUUCACUGUAUCAAAGCUUUGUGGAGGCACAAGAGAACCUCCUUUUAAGUUGGUGAGACAAGCAAUCAAAGCUCUUCGUAAACUUAUCGAUGAAAAUGCUAAUCAAAAGGUGCUACGUAAUGCAUGCAGGGCGCUUUCUUACCUUUCUGGUGCAAAAGAUGUGUCCUCCGGUUCAUUUGGUUGGGGUUCUGAUGAAGAGUUCCUCGAUUUUGAUUUUGCAAGCCCCAGUGAGAUUCUUGAUGCCUUCCAUAAGGCGAAUGUUCUUCCGGUGUUAGUCAAGCUCCUCAUGACAUGCAGCACUUAUUCAAUAACCUGCCCUGCCAUCCUUACUGUUCAAUUUCUUAUCAUAGAUGUCGACAAAGAGGAGAUUUGCAUACAUGAGGCUGUAUUUGAGGCUGGUUUAAUAGAUUGUCUGGGCAAAUUGGUUGAAAAGGAAGGAAUAACAAUGGGUAUUGCCGUUGUUGCAAUUGCAAGUGCUAUUGAUGGUAUUGUAGAUGAUGAACAGGAGUCCUGGGCAAAGCGCUACAUAGGUCCUCUGUGUGAUUGUGUUGAGGCCAAUAAUAAAUUAUGGGUUGCGGAGGGUGUAACAGGAAUAGAAAAAAUAUUAAAGCUUGGGGAAGCAAAAAAGGCAAAUACUGUUGGCGGGAAUGUUUAUGCUCAGAUGAUCAAAGAGUUGGGGGAGUUCAAAAAAUUGAAUGAUGAGAAAUUUCAUUACGAGUUAGAAAAUAGAGAGUAGGGGCGUAGGCAGAAGGUUAAGUAACUUGCAUUAUGUUUCUAGUAACCUUUUCCUUGACAUACUUUCCAUCUUUACAUGACAAGAGAUAGCAGAAAAAGGAAAGAGACAAUUUUUGACAAAUCUCUCUAUUAUUAUAUUCAUAUUUCUACUUCUAUCGUAUAAAUGAGAAACAACCACAAGAUGCUUACUAA